CAUUUAACUAUCCAAUGAUAAUGAGAAGAUAUUGAGUUGACUGACAUUAUUUAGCGAGAGGAAUUCUAUAUAAAGAGGAACACAUCAUCAGAGAACAAGCAGCUAUCAGAAGAAAAUCAAGAAAAAUGACAGAUCGUCUACUGUAUACGAGUAAUUCUAAAACUUCAAAACCGAGAACUGAAAGAAAUAAGGUUGAUGUGGAGAAAGGCAAAUACAGCUAUUCAAAGAACUUCGACAAGACAUUCAAAGAACAAGAAGAUGCAAUGAGUUGUUCAUCAAAAUCACCUGUGCAUAAAUCUCAAUUAGAGAGUCGUCUACUAACACGUGAAGAUUUGAUUAAUUUAGACAAAACUGAACCACAUUGGAAAUAUAUUCGAAUAGGAUUGUUAAUUGGGUUUGGGAUUCUAUUUUUGGGUCUUUUAGCGGGGUGUAUUGUUUACAUAAUUCUUGGACAAAAAUGCCCAUCUGUGCCCAAAUUACCAUUUUGGAAAUCAACAGUUGGUUAUUGGUUAGAUGUAUUUGCAUUUAAAGACUCUUCUGGAGAUCUAAUUGGAGAUUUAAACGGUCUCACAUCUGAAGUAGAUUACAUCAAAACUGUAGUUGGUGCAGGAUAUGUGAUAUUGGGUCCAAUUACUAAAGGAUUUUACACCAAUUCACACAAUAUGCUCGGAUUAGUUGAAGAUUACAAGGAGUUAGAUGAGGCAGUUGGCACAAUGGACGAUUUUCGUGUCUUUUUAAAACGAUUUCAUAAAAAGGGUGUAAAAGUCAUCUUGACAUUCAAUUUCAAUGCAAUAUCGAUCAAUCAUAAAUGGAUCCAAAAGAACAAAGUGGAAUUGACAUUGUUCAAAGAUUCUUUCAAUAAAAGAAUAUCACGAUACGGUAAAGCGAACAAUGUAGAUAUUGAUGGUCAGAAAUUUUAUUCUGUAUUCGGAUCACCGAAUGUAGAUCUAGAUUUAACUUCUGUCAAAACUCAAACUGAAAUAUAUAAUGUGAUCGACUUUUGGAUGAAAGAAGGAAUAGAUGGAAUUCUUCUGGAUAAUGCUGCAUUUUUUAAUGAAGGAAAAGAACAAACACAAAGUAACCUCAGUUCAACAUGGUUGCAAAACUGUCCAAAUUCUCAAAUAUAUGGAAAUGAAAGUGUGAAAUUUGUUGAAGGUGUAAGACAAGAAAUCAACAAAUGGAUUAAGGAAAGUGGAAGAGAAAAGUUGUUGGCUGUAAAUUCAGGCGAUACAGGUUGUGGUGUUGGUGAUAAUCCGGAUCCAAUGUUAAUGUUCAGAGAUGUGGCUGAUUUGAUAAUCAGUCGUGAAUUCGUUUUAGAAAGGGGUGGAAGUGGAUCCCGACUAUCCUUUGACAAAACAGAGAUACAGAAAUAUUCUACAUAUUCAGACUCUGAUAAAGAUAAAUUAGGAUUGACGACAAGUACUUCAAAUAAUCCAUCACAUUCAGAUAUUAAUCAGCUUGCAUUAACAUUAUUAUUACCAGGACUACCAAUAAUUUAUUAUGGAACUGAGACUGGUAUCAAUGGCAUGGAAUUACUUGCUAUUCCAAAGAAUUUGUAUCCAAAAGGGAAAUUAUAUAAUAAUGAAGAGGUAAUUUUUUCUACAAAAUCUCAUUUACCAAUGCCAUGGGAUUUCAGUGGGAAAAGAUUUUCGGCAACAUUAAAUGACUCUACUUUUAAUGACUAUUUGAAUGGUUAUGAGAGCAAGGAAAACGUUGAAAUUCAACUUGCUGAAGGAAAUGUUCAAUCAACUCUUAAUCUCGUUAAGAAAUUGGUAGCUUUACGUCAACAUCAUAGUAUGAAAUGGGGAGCAAUGGAGCAAAUAAGUUUUGGUGAAGGAUCGUCGAGUCAGGUAGAAGCGUUUAUACGAAAAGCAAAAGGAUUUUCAUCAUUCAUUGUAAUAAAACUAAAGGAUUUGAUGGGGAAUUAUCUUUUGGAUCUUACUCCAUUUUGUUCAUCAGUUACACCAAGAAUAAUUCAUCCUUCGCAUCCACAUUUGUCAACGGAUACUCCAUUAUCAACUUCAAAAAUAUACAUUCCGAUAACAGAAAAGUCAAACUACAUUUUAGUAUUUGAAUGUGAUUGAUUCAAUAAAGGUUCACCUUAGUUAUUUCCCCUGAUCAAUAUCUGAUCUGGAAUAAUCACUUGUACUCUCAUUCACUUUUUCAGUAUAACUUUCUAUGUUUAUUUUGUUAGUGUACUGAAUUUUAUGUAAACUUUUCUGUCGUAACUGGUUUAAUUUUAUCACAUAUCUCUAAUGUUAUUGGAGAUUGUUUAUGUACAAAGAGUUGCUAUGUGUCGUUGUUUUGUACCAGGUUUAAAUGAAUUCAUACACUUUAAUUAUUUGCCGAAGUAAACAAUUUUGUAGUUAUUAGUUGCAAGAGUUCAAUUAUAUACAACUCUUCUGGAUUUUUGUAAUCAUUGCUUCUAAUGAGUGCAAUCCUACUUAUAAAACCAACAAUUUAACCAGUAUAAUUUCUAUGUACAGUAGUAUGAGCACGACAAUAAUCGAUAGUAUCAUUCUAUUAUUACUACUUGUUCU